CUAUUUACAGGGAGGGGGCACCAGCGUAGGCAAACUCUUAGCUCUGAACAAGCCUUGCUAAAAAUCACCGUUCUCUCCACGGCAACAAAACAAUAUAGAGUAGGGUUGACGGCCACAAGCACAGAGGCUCCAUCGACACGACAAGGCGCUUUCCCGUGGAAUGAGCAUUCCAUGCAGCAUCCUAGGCAUGAAUGACGUGGGUUGGCAGGAGACGAGAGGUGGGAUGCUGCAUGCAAAUGGUGCUCCUGAAUCAGGGGGUGUUCGGGUUCAUGGCGGCGGGCCCCUGACUGCGGUUGGGGGUGGUGGACAGGCUCCUGGGGGGCCACAUUUACAGGGUAUGGAUAGAAGUUCUAACCUUACCCCAGGUACGCCACAGCCUCCGCUCAGUGGAAGAUCUCAGGACGACGCCACAGUUGGAUACUUCUUUCAGCGGCAACCAGGAGAGCAACUUGUGGGUUGCACUCCUAACAAGCACCGUUGGCCAACUGGAGAUGCUAAUCAUGUUGAUCAGAUUCGAACCGUAGAUGAAAUGAAUUAUGACUUUCAAGCUCUUGCUCUUGAGUCAAGAGGAAUGGGAGAGCUUUUGCCAACAAAAAAGAUCUGGGAUUCUGAUGAGCUAGCCAAGGAUGGGCGGAAAGGGAUGCUCCUUGGUGAAGAAUGGAGGGACAAUGCAUGGGGAUCGUCUCAUCAUUCAGUGUCCCAGCCAAUCAUGGUACAGCGGCGGCCUGGCCAGGGUUUCCAUGGGAACGGUGAUACAAAUUCUGUUCUUUCACCUCGCUCAGAAGGUGGAGGUCUGGGUGUGAGCAUGGUGGAGUAUGUCCUGAGCUCCUCCCCUGGUGACAAAAUGGAAGGUCGCUACAGGAACGGCGGCUACGGUGGAGGAGAUACUGAUCAAGAUGGAAGAGAGAAAGGCGAUGUACAAGAGAAAGUGUCACCUUUUGAGGAAGACAAAAGCCCUGAGAUGAAGGUGGGAGAGGAUAAAGAUCCAGCUAAAUCCAACGGAAGAGGUCUGCUAAACGGCAUGGAUAGAGACUGCAAAGACUUCAAUCCAACCCCUGGGAGCCGUCAAUCUUCCCCUACCGAGGCCGUGGAGAGAAUGGGUCCCACUCAGACAGGUUUGGAAAUGAUGGGACAGCAUCAUCCGCAUGUCCUCCAACAACAAAACCCAGCCCAGAACAAGAUCCCUACUGAGGACUUCCAGAGCCAGGAGGCCCAGAACAUGGGCGGCAUGGAGCAUGGGUGUGGCGUCGAGUCUUUACAGUUUGAUUACGCUGGGAACCAGAUCCAGGUCGACUCGUCGGGAACUCCAGUGGGAUUGUUCGACUACAGUUCUCAGCAGCAGUUGUUCCAGAGAUCAAAUACCCUGACAGUUCAACAGCUUACUGCAGCUCAGCAACAACAAUAUGCCCUGGCUGCAGCUCAACAGCAGCAUCUUGGUAUGAUGGGCUGCUCAGCUCAGUGUCUACCUGGACUCGCUCCUGCAUUUGUGCCAAAUCCUUACAUCAUUAAUGCUGCGCCGCCUGGAGCCGACCCAUACACCGCCGCCGGUCUGGCUGCAGCAGCCACUUUAGCAGGCCCCACAGUUGUCCCACCACAGUACUAUGGUGUUCCUUGGGGUGUGUAUCCAGCCAAUCUUUUCCAGCAACAGGCAGCAUCAAAUGCCAAUCACUCGGCUAAUCAGCAAGCAUCCAACCAGGGACCAGGACCAGGCCAGCCACAGGUGAUGCGUACAGGAACCAACCAGCGACCUCUUACACCGGGACAAGGUCAACAAAGUCAGCAGGAGUCAUUAGCUGCAGCUGCUGCUGCAAACCCGGCCCUGGCUUACGCAGGAAUGCCUGGCUACCAGGUGUUGGCCCAUGCCGCCUAUUACGACCAAACUGGAGCCUUGGUAAUGGGUCCUGGAGCUCGGACUGGUCUGGGUGGCCCCGUUCGUCUUGUACAAACCCCCCUCCUCAUUAACCCAGCAGCAGCACAGGCUGCAGCCGUGUCUGCAUCCGGCUCCGGUAACAACAUGUCUGGACCCCCAGCCAACGGUCUGUACCGCUCCAUGCCUCAACCUCAGCCUCAGCCGCAGCAGCAGCAAGCCCCCCCACCCAGCAGCGGCCUGACCUCCAGCUCGUUCUACGGUUCUGGAUCGGUCCCAAACACCUCCCAGAGCAGCUCUCUUUUCUCUCAUACCUCUGGUGCGCCGCCCAGUUCCUCCCUGGGUUUCAGCAGCACAGGCGGCUCACUUGGUGUUGGUCUGGGCUCUGCUCUUGGAGGUUUUGGCUCUUCAGUGUCCAGUUCAACCAGUAGCAGUGUGUCUCGCAGGGACUCUCUGUUGGCGAGUUCUGACUUGUACAAGCGCGGUGGCAGCAGUUUAACCCCUAUUGGUCAACCAUUUUACAACAGCCUGGGUUACUCCUCUUCACCCAGUCCGAUUGGCUUAACACCAGGUCACUCCCCGCUCACUCCUCCACCCUCCCUGCCCUCUUCUCAUGGGUCAUCCUCCAGCCUUCACCUAGGUGGCUUGACAAACGGCAGCGGGCGUUACAUUUCUGCUGCUCCAGGAGCCGAGGCCAAAUAUCGCAGCGCUGGCGGCACGUCCAGCCUGUUCAACUCCAGCAGCCAGCUGUUCCCUCCCUCUCGACCCCGCUACAGCCGCUCUGAUGUCAUGCCUUCUGGACGCAGCCGCCUCCUCGAAGAUUUCAGGAACAACCGUUUCCCGAACCUCCAGCUCCGUGACUUACCGGGACACAUGGUGGAGUUCUCUCAAGACCAGCACGGAUCCAGGUUUAUUCAGCAGAAGCUGGAGAGGGCCACACCCGCUGAGAGGCAGAUGGUGUUUGGAGAGAUUCUUCAAGCAGCAUAUCAACUAAUGACUGAUGUGUUUGGAAAUUAUGUCAUCCAGAAAUUUUUUGAGUUUGGAAGUGCAGACCAGAAGCUGGCUUUAGCAACACGCAUUCGGGGGCAUGUUCUCCCCCUGGCUCUGCAGAUGUACGGCUGCAGAGUCAUUCAGAAAGCCUUGGAGUCCAUUUCCUCAGACCAGCAGGUAAUUAGUGACAUUGUUCGGGAGUUGGACGGCCACGUGUUAAAAUGUGUGAAGGACCAGAAUGGGAACCAUGUGGUGCAGAAAUGCAUUGAAUGCGUCCAGCCUCAGGCUCUGCAGUUCAUCAUUGAUGCCUUCCAGGGACAGGUUUUUGUCCUUUCCACCCAUCCUUAUGGGUGCCGAGUGAUCCAAAGGAUUUUGGAGCACUGCACUCAGGAGCAAACUCUGCCCAUCCUGGAAGAGCUGCAUCAGCACUCUGAACAGCUGGGCCAGAAAUAUCAAGGCGUUUCAUUGGAGAUGACACCCAAAACAUAUUAUACAGUGUCCCGUGAUGCACUGUUCAAGGAUCAGUAUGGUAACUACGUCAUUCAGCAUGUGUUGGAGCAUGGCAGACCAGAGGACAAGAGCAAGAUAGUGGCAGAGGUUCGAGGAAAGGUUUUGGUUCUGAGCCAACAUAAAUUUGCGAGUAACGUCGUGGAGAAGUGUGUGAUCCACUCCUCGCGUGCAGAGAGGGCCCUUCUGAUAGAUGAGGUGUGCUGCCAGAAAGACGGGCCCCACAGCGCCUUGUACACCAUGAUGAAGGACCAGUACGCCAACUAUGUUGUCCAGAGAAUGAUUGACAUGGCAGAACCUGCUCAGCGGAAAAUCAUUAUGCACAAGAUCCGGCCUCACAUUGCCACUUUGCGCAAGUACACAUAUGGGAAGCACAUUCUGGCUAAACUAGAAAAGUACUACAUGAAGAGCGGCGGCUCUGAACUCGGCCCCAUCGGCGGCCCCACAAACGGACUGAUGUAAUCGACACUCUGGGUCCCCUGAAGAAGUGGAGGAGUUUGAAGCCCAAACCCCCUGUCCUGUGAGACCUUGCUCCUUUAGCCAUAGGCCUUUGAUGCGAUCGGUCAUCCCUUUUCUUCUCUAGGUUGGGGGGCUAUUUACCAAAAAACAAACAAACAAAAAGACAAGUCAAUUUCACCUAAAAAUGCUGUGACAACUGACCCCUGCCACUCUGCCACCCCUGAGAAAGUACCCAGGGGCCACAUAGUCAGCAGGCUACCUUCUGAUUUUUUUUGUUUAGUUUUUUUUUCCUGGGUAAAGCACAAGCCCGUUGUUAAUGAUGUAAUCGAUGUAUUUGACUGGUUUUCAUAUUGUACAUUUAAUUUUUUUACCUUGUAAAUUUUCUGUAGAAAAAAAAAAAUGAAAUUAUUACACAUUUGCUGAAAUUUACAAUUCUUACAAUUAACACCAGCAAGUGACUUUAUAAAGCAAAACUGAGUGAUUCUUUUGAAACACAAUUCCUAUUGUUUUUCUAGCCAGAAUUAAUAUGUCAGCUGUCCUGAUGGAGUUCUAGGUGAUUGAAUUUUAUAUUUGUAUAAUAUCCCACGCACAGUACAGGUGUUUUUUUUCACAUGCCAAAGCAGCUAAAUGAGUUAGUUUUCAAACGGCACUAAAGAUUAUGGAUUUUUUUGGGUGAGCAGUGUGUGCCACAGUUGCCCUGAGGUCCUCCAGACCUUAUUCCUUCAGCUCGCCGUUGGGGAUUGGUGCUUUAGACUUGGGUUCAUGUUCCACUUGUGGCUUUUUCUCGCCUCCAGACUUUGUCGGGGGAGCCGCGUGUUUACGCCAGCAGCUCUGAGUGGACCUCGCGUUCCGGUACUAUGGGCAAGUCCGAGCUGCAGCAUUCAUGGAGCCCCCGUUCUUUUGAGCCGUUCAUGCAUUUUGUCGUUCUGGAGUUAAUGAAAGUAAAAAAAUAAAAUAAUAAAAAAAAAAAAGAGCUUCAAAUAGAUAUAAAAAAAAAGAAGUGGAGCAUGAGGUUGGGUUGUACAGCAGGUUUAUUCUUAACUUGAGAGCUUUUACCUAGGGGAUAGCAGGGUUGGGGGCAGGAAAUGCGUUCGCAUGCCUUGACGGGUUUUAAUCCUUGGAAUGAUUAUUUUGUUUUGUUGUUAUUCCCCCCCCUUUUUAUCAUGUUUUGUGUAACAUCUGUCUCGUAGUUGGAGAUGAUUACUGCCCUAGAAAACAGUAUAUUUACGUACUGAAUAAUCAUCUCUUGCGUAGAAGUAGUUGAGCGACGUAUAGCAUCUUUAUGUACGAGUAAAAUUGUUGCUUAUUAGGUGAGAUGGAGGCGGCUUGCAGUGAGGAUGAACCUCCCACCCAUUAGAAGGUCAGAGCAGAGUCCAAAAGACAGGAAUGGGAUAAAAAGCGAUGUGGAGCUCAUCCCAUCUUUUUGUCUGAGGUGAAAUGAACUAGAAGUAGUGAGAUGAUUUAAGGAAAGGGAUGUUUAAAGAACUUCUUGUAUCUUUUUUUUUUCCAUUUUAAUAUAUAAAUAUAUAUAAAUAGUUUCUUUUUCAUUUGGUUGGGUUUGCAAGUGCAGCGGUGGAGGCCGGCAAAGGCCAUCAAAACUUAUACAAUUCACCUGUAAUGCUUGUAGUGAUGGCUUCUUUGCUUCUUAUGAAUUGUAGAUUACAUGUAGUAUAUGUGCAGUUAAUAAGUGUAAGAUUAUUAGUUAAAUCAAAAAUAUGUUUAGCUGUGGUGUUUUUUGACAGGCCUUGCUCUAAAUUUGUAGUGAUGCUUUUAUUUCGUCUGUACAGUUGUACAUUUGUAAACGUUGAUGCUGUAAAUGGGAUGUCUUUUACACUUUUUGAGGGGAGGAAAAAAAAGAAGAAGCAAAAAUUGUGCAUUUAGAUACGUGUGUGUAUAUUCAUCACUCCUUUCCCUUUGAAUAUAAUGUAUACAGUUUUUUUUUUUUUUUUGAUUAAGUGGUAUUUUAAAGAAAAAAAAAUAUGGCUUUGCAAUCUGGCAUGAUAUUUUUGUUUUGUUUUGUUUUUUAAAUCUGUUAUGGAAAGGCCAGCCUCUAUUUGUACUGAAGCUGUAACAUCAACCGUUUGUCUCUAAUUUGUGACAGUCUACUAAAAUUGAGAUUGCAUUUAGUCCUCUCUGCUACCAUGGAAACUUCACAAGAUAUGACGAGAAUUAUUUUUGUACAGAUGAGUGCUGUGUUUUGGAACAGCCACAACCUUGUAAGCAAAAGCAAUGUAAAAUAUUGUCAAUUAUAUAAAUAUGAACAUAUGAGUUUUUGUCACACUGUCAGUCAUGUACAUUUUCAGGUGGCCUUAUGUACAUUUCCAGAUGUUAGAUGAAGAAAUCAAACUCAUUUUUUGGAAGCAGAAUUGUGACUAUGUAUGAUUAAAUUGUUCUUCUAACAUUUCA